AUGAACACUCAAGCACAGUCCUUGACGCCUACGGGCUCAUACUCGGGCGAAACGCUCGUCGGCCACGAGUCCCCGCCGGCUUCAUGGUCCCCCAGUUACAGUGUCGCGUCGACACUUGCAGAUACACCGGGGCAUGGUCCCGAGACGGGUCACGAAGAUGUGGAGUCGACGGGGCCGGCAGCUGUCCGUGCGUGGCAAAGGUCAUCCUUCGUUGGCCAUGCACCACCGUCCGAAGCUCUUGACACCGAUGGCUUCGGCAUCCGCCCAGACACGGCAAACACUACUUCAACUACUUCGACAGUGGAAGAACAGCGUCGGGAGCUCUCUUUGACUCCCAGAACCUCAACCUCAGACAUUACUCUAGUCGGUUCCCCCACCAAUUCGUGGUCCUCCGGCCAAACGACGAUUGCUUUAUCACCUGAGGGUGAUUUGAUUGAGGCCAUGAGAGGUCACCACGAAGACCAGGAUGAGAUUUCCUGUCGCGCCGGAGUCUCAGUACCUGCCGCAAUUCCGAGGUCCUAA